AUGGCAGGGUCAUCGAGAAAAGGGCACAUAUUCGGAGACGAAGGUAGUGUCCAAGGACGAAAGUUUGGCAAGUUAAAUAAAGACGAUUUCGAUGGUUAUAACUCCGAUAACCAUCCAAGAAAAAACAGCCCCGUCACCAUCGAUGCACCCCAUUUGGAUCCUCAAAUGGCUUCAGAUAACUCUCCGUACGACCCUUCUCUUUCUCCUUUAUCCAAAUCUCCAUGGUCCUCUCACAUAAACGAAGAAGUUUCCGCCUCCAACGACAACGAAGUUCUCGUUGGCUCUCUAAUUCGUGAGGAGGGUCACAUUUACUCCCUGGCUGCAUCCAAUGACUUGUUAUACACGGGGUCAGAUAGCAAGAACAUUCGCGUUUGGAAGAACCAAAAGGAAUUCUCGGGGUUCAAAUCCAACAGCGGUUUGGUCAAAGCCAUUGUGAUUGCAGGUGAGAAAAUCCUCACGGGCCAUCAAGACGGCAGAAUCCGCGUUUGGAAAGUCUCUGGCAAAAACGAGCAACAACACAAGCGCGUUGCCACGUUGCCAACACUCAGAAACUACAUUAAAUGUUCGAUAAAACCCAGCAAUUACGUGGAAGUGAAACGACGGCGUAACGUGCUUUGGAUCAAACACUACGACGCCAUUUCCUGUCUCAGUUUAACGGAAGACCAUUCCCUCAUAUACUCUGCCUCGUGGGACAAAACCUUCAAAGUGUGGAAAACCUCGAGCUUCAAGUGUUUAGAAUCCGUUACGGCGCAUGACGACGCCGUUAACGCUUUAGUUGUGGGAUUUGACGGGUUGGUUUUCACGGGGUCAGCCGACGGAAGCAUUAAGAUAUGGCGGCGCGAAGUGCAAGGGAAAGGGACGAAGCAUUUCUUUUCGCAAACGCUGUUAAAGCAAGAGUGCGCAGUGACGGCCUUAGCGAUUAACGAGGAAGGAACAUGGUUAUACGGUGGAUCCUCAGAUGGGUUGGUGAAUUAUUGGCUGAGUGAUACAAAAUUGGAGCAUAAGGGCGUUCUGAGGGGACAUAAGUUAGCGGUUUUGUGUUUGGCGAGUGCUGGGAAUUUGGUGUUCAGUGGCUCUGCUGACAUGGCAAUAUGCGUGUGGAAGAGAACGUUUAAUAAUGAUCACACGUGUAUGUCUAUUUUGUCGGGCCAUACUGGGCCUGUCAAGUGUCUCGCUGUUGAGAAGGACCCUGAUGCCAUGUGCAAUGAACGCCGUUGGAUUUUGUAUAGUGGCAGUUUGGAUAAGUCCGUUAAGGUCUGGAAGGUCUCCGAGAAUCCUACCUCUGCGCCGCCGCACCACCACCCCCAACCGCCGCGGCUUAGUGUUGAUCAGAUUUCGAGGGGGUCGUCUUUGAGAAAAUUGGGAUCCAGAAGAUACUAA